AUGAGGCUUCUUGACACCUCUACACUGAAGCUAUCCACAUGGUUUAGUGAUGAGGAUGAAGUCACAUUCCAAGAGCUACAGAGCCUGAACGACGCCUUGCAGUGCCCGUGCCGCAAGAACGACCGUGACCAGCGUGUCCGCGGCAAGAAAGGCUAUGACAAGAUCGCCGCGUUCUGUCGUCUUGCCGGAUCGACACUUGUUGCAUCUGAGACGAUUAAUUCGAUGUAUAAGUGGUAUAGGUCCUCGCGAGUCUGCUAUGUCUACUUGGUAGACGUCCCCCGUGUGAACUACUCAAACGACGAGCCAUUGAUUCUGUUUAAAGCCUCCGAAUGGUUCAGGCGUGGCUGGACGCUUCAAGAGUUACUCGCUCCCCAGCAGCAUAAGUAUCUGGCGCAGGAUUGGAGUCUAAUCGGUGUUACUGUACGAAAUACCACCUCUGACACUAGUGCUACACUGGACAGCGGUGAAUGCAGUUGUGCAACUUCUUUCCCCGGUGCCACGUGCCUUGAGACUGGAAGUUUCGGAAGCCUCUGGCAUACGCACGGACUAUUUCAGAAACUUCGACCGCAAUGGAAGGUGUGUAUCGCGGAGAGGAUGUCUUGGGCCGCGAAGAGGGAAACAUCGAGACUGGAAGACAAGGCUUACUGCCUACUGGGCAUCUUUAAUAUCAACAUGGCUCUCAUCUACGGCGAAGGCGAGAAAGCAUUCGUUCGAUUACAAGAAGAGAUCAUACAGCAUUAUGUCGAUAGAACGAUCCUGGCUUGGGACAGGACCGAUCACGAAUCCACCCUCUCUCCGAAGGACUUCAAAUUCACCAAUUUCAGGUUCAGAAACAGGACUGCUCCUGCGGACGAAGUCCACGAGAUUACUAGCCAAGGCCUGCUUUCUCAUAUGGAAGUGGCCGACCAUCCGACACUGGAAGACACGUUGCUUGCUCGACUGGACCACUCUCAUACCUUUACUUCAUCCCAAAAGCAAGAGUAUCAGAUCCUAAUGGUCCUUCCCAUUGUCUCGGACAUACAUGAUUUCGAUCUAUUGAUGCGCUGGAUAUCCACUCGCCGUCAGGAAACCCACGUGCAUUGCCCGCGCGAGCUCGUUGCCGUGGAUCUUGAAACGUUGCAAGGUCGCCCGUGGUCCUUCAAGCGCAGGAAAUUGUGCAUUUCACGCUGGCGCAUCGAACACUGGAAAAUGGACCCUGAAGAGGGAAUCGUACUCAGGCACAAUCUUAUGGUCCGCUCUUUCAUGUUCCUUUCGAUACAAGUUGGGAUACUCACGACCUUCCUCACAAAAGCCACGACAGACAUUGUCGCCGCCGCUCUCGGUGUUCUAUGUUUACCAACACUAAUUUUCAGCUGGAUAAGUAUCCGCCAGCUGACCAUCAGCCGGAUAGAUAUGCUCAGCUUACCCGAGGCCUUGGAUUUGUACCACCUCACGGAACAGAUCGAUUACGCUAUUGUGAUACUGUUACAGCUGGCUGUGGUGAUUGUGCAAUCGAUGCCUUGGAUUUUAUUUACCAAAGGGGUAUUUUCUGGGCGUGUGCAGUUUGCUGGAUGGAUUUGGUUAACACGGCAAGCCACGCCGACACUCUUUGUAGGACCAAUUGGGUUUGUUCAUCUGGCGAGGAUCUCCCGGAGGCGGACUCUCAAAUGUAUCAAAAUCCGUAGUAGAAGCACAGAGAGUUAG